AUGGGUCCGGUCGUAGUGGUGAAGGACCCGGCAAAGAUCCGGCAAGAGCGACACGCUCGCCCACAGUCACAAUCCCUCCCGUGCACUCACCUCCGCUCACCCCCAGGCGCUCAUUCGCACAGCUUGUCGCAAAGUCCGCCGCAAAGCCGAUCGCACGCGUCGUCGCAUGCGCUUUCGCAAGUUCACCUGAAUUCGCACAGCAAGACGAGACAUCAGCACCGAGGGUGGUUUUCGAGUCUGUGUGGUAACAAUCUCAAUGUAGUCACAUGGUCUGCGAUUUUCUUCGCAGCCAUUCUUUUUCAUCUGCUCGGGCAUACGAAACUCCAUGAACCGGGUAACCACAUUGCGAAGCUGUCAGAUCUGACUGUAGACGGCAAAAGUCAACAAGGACUUAUAUCGAUUCAAAAUGGACUGACUGUAGCGGAAUCUGGGCCGGAAAGCGCGCAAAACGAGGGCCACAUUAGUUACGGCGGGGAUCGCCUGACACAUCCAACGGCUGAGAUUAAAAAGAGAUGGCUAGCUGCGAAUCCCGAGGACGAAGGGCCCGGAAAAUCCGGGAGAGGAAGGACCGACGCCAGGCACGGGGAGGGAGAACCUGGAGGGGAUAGCACCGCUCCGAUUCGUGGCGGGAUUGAUAAGGCGGAGGGGACGCACGAGACUGGCGGGAAAGAGGAGCGUGGGGGGAAGCAGGAGGACGCGGGGAAACAGGAGGAGGAGGGGAAAGAGGAGGAUGAGGAGGGGAGUGGUAGCAGUUCUCUGGUAGAGCGCGUGAAUGCGAUUGACGGCAGCGGGGAAGAGCAAGUGGAGGAGCGUGAGGGAGGAAAUGUGAGUGAGGACAAAAGGGAGCACGGGGACUGGGAGAGGGAUGGGGGGGAGGAGGGUGGGCGGGAGGGGGAUGGGCGGGAGGAGGAUGGGCGGGAGGAGGGUGGGCGGGAGGAGGGUGGGCGGGAGGAGCAGCUCGCAAUGGUUGGCGCUAUGCUGGAGGGUGGGUGGCCGGGGCAGGAGGUGGCGUGGGGGAAUGCGGGAGGGCUGUGGCCUAGGCAGGGGGAAAAGGGGAGUGCUGUGCGGGAGGGGGGUGUUGAGGGGGAUCGGGUGGUUGAGGGGAAGGCGGAAGGUGAGGGGGAGGCGGAAGUUGAGGGGGAGGCGGGAGUUGAGGGGGAAGGGGGAAGAGACCGGGGUAGGUCAGAUAUUGGUGCUCACAGGAUGGCGGAAGGGGAGGGGGAGGUUGCGGAUGGGGGGGUGUCAGUUGGGGGGAAGGGGGAGGGGAAGAGCGCAGGAGCGGAGGAGGAGGGGGUGGAUGAGGGGGCUGCGGGGAGUGAGGAGGGGAAAGGGGAAGGGGGAGGGGAAGGGGAUGAGGAAAGGGAAGGGGAGGGGGAUGAGGAAAGAGAAGGGGAAGGGGAGGUAGGGGCCGAAAGUGAUGGUGUUGCGGCGAAUAAAGGGGAGGAAGAAGGAGAAGAGGGAAACAAGGGAGAUGUGAGAGGUAGGAGAGGAGGGGAAGGCAUUGGUAGUGUGAAGGCUGUGGGAGAUGCGGAGGGCGGGGAGAGCGAUGAGCAAGCGCGGAGGGAUGGGGAGGAGGAGGGGGGAAAUGGGGAGGAAGGAGAGAGUAGGGAGGAGGAGGAAGAGAGUGGGGAGGAGCAGGAAAUAAAGGGUGGGGAAGAGGAGGGAGAGGGUGGGAACGGGGAGGGAGAGGGUGGGGAAGAGGAGGAAGAGGGUGGGGAGGGGGAAAGAGAGGAUGGGAGGGCGGGGGAAGAUGAAAGGGAUCGAGAGGGGAAAGUGAAAGGGGAAGGGGGGGUUGAUGAUUAUGAUAUUGGGGAAGAGGGAGAAGAGGAGGAGGGAGAGGAGGAAGAGGAGGAAGAGGGGGAGGAGGAGGAGGGAAGCGAGGGGGAUGGUGGGAGGGACCUUGAUGGAGAGAUGGACGAGGGGGGAGCGGGGGCGAGAAAAAGCAGCAAUGCGGGUGCGCGGAAUCCCAAGGAAGGAGAGGGGGAAGCAGAGGGGGAGGCAGAGGGGGAAGCGGAGGAAGAAGCGAAGAUGGGGCUACAGGAAACAGGGGCGGAGGCGGGGGAAGCAGAGGAGGAGUUGGGAGAUGAUUUGGAAGAAGCGGGGUUUGGGGCAGGGCGCAGUCGCAGCCGCAGUGGCAGCCGCAGUAUGGGUGAUUUGGGCAGGCUUGUUGACUUCAAGGGAGUGGGUGCAGGCAAGGAGGAGAGGGUCGAGGAGUCAGGGGAAACAGAGGAGGAGGAACUAGAUGACGAUAUGGAGGAAGUGGGGUUUGGGGUGGGGCGUGGUGGCAGUCGCAGCAUGGGUGAUUUCGGCAAGCUUGUUGGGCUGCAGGGAGUGGGUGCAGAUGAGGAGGAGAGGGAGGAGGAGGAGAGGAUUCACAAGGCAGGAAUCGGCAAGUCCAAGGCAAAGGCGGCAAGUGGAAAGGCAAAGAAGAAAAAGAAGGGGGGACGCGGCAAGGACAAGAAGAAAGAGCGGCUGAAGGCUCUGUGGAGGAAGAAACAUGCAGCAGCAGCAGCAGGAGGAGGAGGAGAAGGAGAAAGAGAGAGGAGGAGGGGGGCCUCUGAGCCGCCCUUUGAACCGCCAGAGCCGCGGUGGAGGCCGGACAAGGCGUGUGCCAACGUGGCUGAGAUGGGCGAGGCGACAGCUGGCAGCACCGACCAGGCGAGCCUGAAGCUGCGGCGAAUGAUCGAGCGACACCUGGCGGUGCACGGUGCCUCUGCCCUGCGUGCACUGCCCGCUCACCAGUUCUGUCAACGGGGCUUCGUGCUGGGAUAUGGCAAGCACGAGGGGCUGGGCAACAACCUGUACAAAAUUCUCACAGCGCCGGCUCUUGCUCUCAUGCUCAACCGAUCCAUCAUUGUGGGCGAGAACUAUGGCACGCGUCCUGUCAUGGAGAGCAACAGGACAGUUGGGCAGCGCCUAUGGAAGGACUAUCUUGCCUUCUCCCCGGAAGUAUUCUCCAUGCUCGAGUUGAGGCACCUCUGGUAUCAGCACAAGUGUGAGCAGCGCUACAAGAGGCCUCUGGUGGUCAGAACGGAUUCGUUUGCCAACCGGGCGAGGUCUCGCACGCUGUGUGAUGAUUGGUCGACCUGGAAGGAACCCAUUAUCUGUUUUGAUGAUGCAUUGGAUUCAGUGGGUAUUCAGACAUUCCUGAAGAACCUCCAUCCAUCCAUGCGGGGGAGAGCGCAGGCCAUCAUGGGUGUGCCAUGGGACCCCAACUCGCGCCCCAACCUCUUUGGGGAGAUUGCGCGUGUGCUACUGCUUCACACGCCAGCGGUGGCGGAUGCAGUGAGAUGGGCGCUGGGCAGCGGAGGGAAGGACGCUGAUGUGGUGAUUCACUUUCGGCACGGCGGCUCCCAUCCUUCCGAGUGCGCGACUGGGGCCCCCUGCCCCACUGGGUGGCAUUGGCCGACUGGGACUGAACCGUUAUCCACAUCACCACAAACACCUAUCUCUACCCUCGCUUUCCCAUCUCCCCUCUCUCCCCUCUGCCCCCGCUCACCCGCACAGCUCCCAUCCUUCCGAGUGCGCGACUGGGGCCCUCUGCCCCGCUGGGUGGCGUUGGUCGACUUCUUCCUCGCCGCCCGGGCGCGCUACGCCUUCAUCUCUGCGGGACGCUCGAGGGUCUUCACCACGUUCUCUCAGCUCGCUGCUUCCUUAGCCGCUGCCAGGAGCCUAGAAGACACACCUUCCCCACAAGCCUCACGCUUCCUCCUUCUAAGCGCCUUCCACUCGCACCUACUGGAAAACGGUUUGGCCAACCAGGGGGGGAGGGGCCACGCCUGGCACACCUUUUCCGGCCGCCUCUCCUGCCCCGCGCAGCCCCCCCAGUGCGCCCUCUCCCCCGCCCUGCCCUACGCCUGGUGGGACGCCCCCUGGCAGUCCCCUGCGCGGGGGGAAGGGGGGAAGCUGCGGCGGCUGGGGCUGCAGGUGGGGGAAGGGGGGGAGGUGGGGGGGGAGGAGGCGGUGGAGAGGUUUUGUGAGAGGCGGAGGGGGGUGGCUGUGAGGGUGAAGCUAGAGAUGGGGUUGAAAGGGGGGGGAGAGGAGGAGAAAAAGGGGAAGGGGGGAAAGGGGAAGGGUGAGAAGGGGAGAAGUGGAAGGGUAAGAGGAGGGAGACUGGGGAGAAUGGGGAGAAAGGGAGAUUGA